AUGCAAGCUGCAGCGGUUGCAGCAAUGGCCGCUCAAAUCCUCUCUUUCACCGCCGCCGCCACCGCCCAACAGCCUAUCCUCUUUCAUUCCUCUAAUCCCGCAACCCAUUUGUCUCUUCAAUCCUCAUCUUUCCACGGUGUCUCUCUCAAGUUUCCCCGCCAGUUCUCUGCCCUUUCCACCUCUGUUUCUUCCCGGAAGCCACUUACUAUUGUAGCCGCCACCAAAAAAGCUGUCGCUGUCCUCAAAGGCAAUUCCCAGGUUGAAGGGGUUGUCACCCUCACCCAAGAUGAUGAUGGACCCACUUCUGUGAAUGUUAAGAUUACUGGUCUUACUCCUGGGAAACAUGGAUUCCAUCUGCAUGAAUACGGCGACACCACUAAUGGAUGCAUAUCAACAGGAGCACAUUUCAACCCGAAAGGCUUGACACACGGAGCUCCUGAAGAUGAAAUCCGUCAUGCGGGUGACCUGGGAAACAUAGUUGCUAAUGCCGAGGGCGUGGCUGAGGCGACAAUAGUAGACUCUCAGAUUCCUCUGAGUGGUCCACACUCAGUAGUUGGAAGGGCUUUUGUAGUUCAUGAGCUUGAGGAUGAUCUCGGAAAGGGUGGCCAUGAGCUCAGUCUCACAACAGGCAAUGCUGGGGGAAGAUUGGCUUGUGGUGUUGUUGGUUUGACUCCAUUAUAA